CCUGUUGCUCUGGUGAUAAUACUGAUGUGAGAUAGGCACCUGGGGAGCUAAGUCGCUCUAGCGAAAUAAUAGUAGACUUCGUCUUUCGAGAAACAUCUAUUGAACAAUUCCCAUUAUAAGAAUUUAUUUCGAGAUCCAUUAGGCAUUAGGCUAAAGGGAGAAGUAAAACUACAAAAUGACAAGGAAGAAUUAAUGCUCGGAACAGUGUUCUGAAGUAUUCGGCGCGGUCUCUCUGAGGCCGUUGAUUAGGGCACAUUCUGCAAGGGGAUGAACGGUAGGAACAAUAAGGCAGAAGAUAAAGAAAGUGGAAGAAAGGAUUCUACUUGGUAUUACAAUUUUUCUGAACCCAACGAGGAAGAGAGCAACAGUAAAAAGAGCUAUCUGGACAUCUACCUGGGCGGCAAGGAAAACCGAGAAAGUUCUCAGGAAUUCACCGACAUCAAUACGCAGUUCUUGGUCCGGAGGCGAGAGCGAGCCUGCUUUUGUCGGUGGUGCUGCUGCUGUUGCUGUGAUCACUGGCCUGGAAGUAGAAGUCGUGUGGCAAAUAUGGAGCCAGCAAGUCGAUAUAACCCAAGGCCUAGCAGUGAGGAGAUUAAUGAAUGGGGAAGAUCGUUUGAGAGGUUAUUGAGCUCGAAAAACGGGAUACGAGUAUUUCACGAGUUUCUCAAGAGCGAAUACUCCGAGGAGAACCUGCUGUUUUGGCUUGCCGUGGAGCGACUGAAGAAAGAGACUGAACCUGCGAGUGUAAAGAACCUCGCGCAAACAAUAUAUAACGACUAUGUUUCUACAGAAUCGCCAAAAGAGGUGAGCAUCGACCACAAGACGCGUCAGGUCAUAGACGACGAGAUAUCCCAACCGACGAAAGAAACCUUCAGCAAGGCACAGCAGCACGUGUAUUACGUCAUGUACCAGGACUGUUACCCCCGCUUCCUCUCCUCCUCCACAUUCAAGACUCUGCAGCAGGAGUGUCUUAACAAUUGACGCCGCACUCACGCAGGGACAGCUACUUUAUUUGCAAUUAGUCUCGUAUCCAGGCGCUAACGGUCAGAGGGGUCGCAAGGCAUGAGUGUUAGGGUGAUUUGUAUCCACGAUCCACGACGCUGGCAAAAGGACGCCACCUCGCGCACGUUUGAUUGAACGCGCACGCUGACUUUUUGCCUGCGGCACGCUCUCAAAAGACGUGAUAAAGAAUGUAAUGCUGUCGUCGGACGCGACGCCGGCAAGUAAAGCGUUACAAGGAGUGUUUUUGCGCGCCAUUUAUUAUAUUGAUCCACGGAGUGAUUAGAGCCUUUUAUGAUUGCGAUAUUGCGCACUAUGGGUAUUUUACGGAUUUUGAUGACUCAAUUACUGUGCGCCAUUGGGUGAUUAAGCCUUUGCGCAUAUUGCGUGAUUGCAAUUCGCGAUAAAGUCAUUGUACACUUUGUUUGAAAGCUUUGCGCACGGCGAGUGAUUGUUAGCGACUGGGUACGAGAUUGCUCUGCUAUUUUUGCUGCUUAUUUUUAAUGAAUCAAAGUCCAUAUGUCUCUGCUUUUGUACCAAUUCAAUUGAGCGUGUUGGUGGUAUCAUCCUCCAGGCGCCAGCGCUUUUCUAUUACUAGUUGUAGUCCCUGUAUGAUUUCUUAUAGAGUUUUGAUUAUUUAUAUUAAUAUACAUAAAGGCGCAAAUCCAGACAAGUCGACUUGCUUGAUACGUGAUACUUGCGUGUACAGUUCCGAACAAACUAGUCCAGAGAACAUUUUUUCGUAACUGAAGUUACCUCUUGGUAAAAGAGGUAACUUUGGAUGAUGGUGUGAAUGUGUUUUUCUUCUUUAGAGCUCUAGUGAACAGGCGCUUAGAUGUCUGGGUCUCCGCCUAUUUCAAAUAUGAAUCAAUUAUUGUAACUAUAUUAUUUUGUACAGUAGCAGAAGUAUUAUCUAUCGGGUUCUUUGACAGUGCAACGUUCUUAUCGCUCUGACAAACAUUCCCUUUGUCUGCAAACAUCUCAAUUAGAAAACAAGAAGUUAAAUGUUGAUAAUUUCGAUAUAAUAAAUAAUUAUUAUACAAUUUCCAUUGAGGAUAAUUGCAAUAGGUGUAAAUUGCAUUUGAUCCCGAGUUUCUGAACCAAUCAAAUCGCUUGUUCUUGCGAGGUUCCCAAGUUUAAUAUACUCAUUCCAAAUAAUCAAAGUCUAGUUUAAAAUAUUUGAUGAAUUUUGAAAUUGUCAGCACUAUUAUGUUUCUUAUAGAGUGGUUUUCAAAAAUCCGUAGUUUAUUAAGUACACUGUAAUGUCUUUGUCUUUUCAAUACACUGUAAUGUCUUUGUUGUGGCUUGACUAUUACUCUUAAACACCACUCUAUUUCAGUAGAAAUAUGUCAUUACAAACGCGUAUAAUAAUAAAUGGGUUUGUUGUUAUAGCAAUAUACAUUUGCUUUCAUAUACAGAAUCAGGUUGCGUUUUAACAGCCAUGAGAGUAAAAUACUAUAUGUAAGUCAGUUAUAGUGAUUACUAAGUAUACUUAUUUAUCAAGGAAAAUUAUUAGAGUAUUUAUGUUGAGCUCCCACUAGCUCCCGCAAAAGGACCCAGCGCUAUCUUUCUUUGACCUAGAAGAAAAAUGCGGUAGUUACGUUUAGAUUCGGCCGCAAAAACCGCUGGACUUCCAUUAAGUGCUGAGACACUGAUUAGAGAUUCUUUGUUAGCCGUCGUUGUGUCCUCCUGGCAAAAUACCAAGUGUGAUAAAGCAUUAGUUUCCAUCGACUAGUUUUAGGAAGCUUUGGCGAUGUUCUCGAUGGAAAUUCGCAAAUGAAGUCGAAAAACUUUCCAAUAUUUUAAGUCAAAAGGAUAACAAUGGUGUGGCUGACAACGCAUCUUUGAAAGAAAUACUUAGAUAUAGUUAUAUACUAGUGGGUACACGUGAAACAUUCACGUUUAUAAUUCAUAAAAGACAUUAGAACCACUAUCUGUUCUGAAAAAAAAAAACUGUAACAUCAUAAUCAUAUAAUUGAUUUAUACCUCUGUGUUUUCAAUAUAUCAAGUUUCGUUAUAAA